UGCGGGUGCUAGCCGCUGGGAGAACUCCCAGUUCUUCCACCGAUUCGGAGGUCCGUGAGGAGGUAUAUUAGGACGGUGGCGGCUGGGGUAGUCACAGAGAAUCUCUCUUGCCUGCUACCAUCAUCAUCACCAGCACAGACGCGCCGUUCACGAUGUCCUACCCCAAGAAGGUUCCCUAUGUCCGCCUCGGCAACUCGGGCUUGAAGGUCUCGAAGAUCAUCCUGGGAUGUAUGUCGUACGGGUCUCCUGAGUGGCAGCAAUGGGUCCUCGGCGAGGAGGAGGGCAUCAAGCACAUCAAGGCGGCGUACGACGCGGGGAUCAACACCUUCGAUACGGCGAACGUCUACAGUAACGGCCUCUCAGAAGUCAUCCUCGGCAAGGCCAUCAAGCAGCACAACCUCCCGCGCGACGAGAUCGUGGUGAUGACGAAGGUCUACUUCGAAGUCAAGAAGAGCGUCGGCGAGAGCUUCACGCCGGACGUCAACCCGGACACGGUCGGCUACGUUAACCAGCACGGGCUUAGUCGCAAGCACAUCUUCGACUCCGUGAAGCACAGCUUGGAGCGCCUGCAGCUGGACUACAUCGAUGUGUUGCAGUGCCAUCGCUUCGAUAAAGACACGCCGAUCGAGGAGACGAUGGAAGCCCUCCACGACGUCGUGAAGGCAGGUUGGGUCCGCUACAUCGGAAUGUCGUCUUGCUGGGCGUACCAAUUCAACGCCAUGCAGAGCUAUGCCAUUCAGAACAAGCUCACCCCCUUCAUCUCGAUGCAGAACCACUACAGCCUCGCCUACCGCGAGGAAGAGCGCGAUAUGUUCCCGACCCUCAAGCAGUUCGGCGUCGGCGCCAUCCCCUGGUCCCCUCUCGCCCGCGGCCGCCUCACCCGGCCGCUCAACCAGCAGACGAAGCGCGGGGAGGUCGACCGGUUCAUCGGGCAGUACAGCAAGUCACAGGCGAGCGCGGACGCGAUCGUGAACCGCGUCGAGGAGCUCGCGGGGAAGAAGGGGUGCAGCAUGGCGCAGCUGGCGCUCGCGUGGAUCAUGAACCGCCCCGGGGUGACGGCGCCGAUUGUGGGGACGACGUCGUUGGAGAAUCUGGCGGACUUGAUUGGCGCGGUGGAUGUGCAGCUGAGCGAGGAGGAUAUGAAGUACUUGGAGGAGCCGUACAUCCCGCAGGGGGUUAUUGGGCAUCAGUGAGUGCGCGACCGAAGAGGAUAACGAUAAUGCCAAAAGCAUGUAACAUUAGCGGAACACGGCAAUCGACUUCAUUGACCUACACGCCCCGCUCGCUCGACUUCGAUUGCACGAUGAGGGC